GGUUGAGCUGGUGAUGGUGAAGGAGUUCAAUAAUUUUGCGCAUCGUGGCAACUACUACAAUGAGCAGGAUGAUCCCAUUUCGGCGCAUCUGUUCAAUUUGGAUGGUCGGGAGUGGCGAGAGAUGCGUAAUAAGUUGACGUCCACUUUCACCUCCCUGAAGAUGCACCAAAUGCUGCCCACAGUGGUGCAGAUAGCGGAUCGCUUUGUGCAGGUGGUGCAGCAACAGAUCGAAGCCACUAAGGAUGCGGAGGAGUGUCCAGUGGAAGUGAAGCAUCUUCUGGCCCGAUUCACCAUCGAUGUCAUUGGCAGUUGUGCCUUUGGCCUCGACUGCAACAGCCUCAACGAUCCCAAUGUCGAGUUCUAUCAUCUGGGCCAAAAGACCUUCACGAAUCGCCGUCAUGGUCGUCUGGCCUUUGCCCUCAUCCAGGCCUUUCCCCGCCUGGCCAAGCGUCUCCACAUUAAGAUGGUCAACGAUGAUGUCAGCGAGUUUUACAUGCGUGUGGUUCGCGAGACUUUGGAGUAUCGCGAGAAGCAUCAGGUGCAACGCAAUGAUUUCCUCAAUCUGCUCAUGGAACUGCGCAAUGAGCCGAGUGGCGGAUUGACCUUCAAUCAGAUCGCUGCCCAGGCAUUUGUCUUCUUCCUGGGUGGCUUCGAGACCAGCUCCAGCACCAUGGGCUUUGCCUUACACCUUCUCGCCCUGCAUCCCGAGAUCCAGCAGCGUGGCAGGGAGGAAGUUCAACAGGUGCUUGCCAAGCACAAGGAACUCAACUAUGAGGCCCUGAGGGAACUCAAGUAUAUCAAGCAAAUCAUUUAUGAAACACUUCGCAAGUAUUCCAUUGCACCGAUUAUUCUACGCAAGACAAUUGAAGAUUUUCCAGUUCCGGACUCUUCUUAUGUGCUGGAAGCGGGAACACCAGUUGUCAUACCCAUCGAUGCCAUUCAUCACGAUCCCGACAUUUAUCCGGAGCCAGAAAAAUUCGAUCCAGAUCGUUUUACCCCCGAGGCCAUGGAACAGCGUCCUUCAGCUGCCUUUUUGGCCUUUGGGGCUGGUCCACGUAAUUGCAUUGGUCUUCGCUUUGGUGAAAUGCAAUCCCUAGUGGGUUUGGCUGUGCUGCUCAAGAACUUCAAGUUCUCGCCAGCCAAGGAGACCGAAAUACCAUUGCAAAUACACAAGACAAGUUUCUUUUUGCAAUCUCGAGGCGGAAUUGUACUUAAUGUUGAGAAGGUUUAAAUUAUACAAACAAUAUACAUACUUAUAAAUAUUUAAACAGUAUUGAAAACUUAAAUGUUAAUAUGUUUAUUCGAACAAAUAAAGAUAGAGAAAUCUGUAUUCGAUUA